AUGCCGGUCUCGUACUACGACGAGAUCGAGCUGGAGGACAUGUCCUACGAUGAGGAGAAGGACCUCUUCCACUACCCUUGCCCCUGCGGCGACCGAUUCGAAAUCACUCGUCAGCAGCUCAAGGAGGCAGAAGAUGUGGCACGAUGUCCGAGCUGCUCGUUGAUCAUUCGAGUCGUGUUCGAUCCCAUCGAUUUCGAAGACGACGACGACGAAGCGCCAGUCAACACGAUCGACGUGGCCAGCCAGACGGUUGCUGCAGCUGCGUGA